AUGGCUAUUUCUAUUCUCAGUACUUCGCAAGUUGAUCCUAUCAACUUCUCCUUCAUUGAGCUCUUCCAUGAUCCAGCUAUCGACAUGCUGUGGCCCUUCGGAGAAAACAAAUACUUUGAGAUUUCAGAGGCAGACGAGGAACUCCUCCCUCAGAGCCCACUUGUGCCCAUUGUCACUUCUCAUGAUAAUGUAGUACCAAACUCUUACCCAAUCCCACCUGCUGAGGCUGACUCUGAAGAAGUCAUGCUGACCUUUGAGGAGGCAUUGACCAUGGAGUCCAUUUCCGAUGCUCCACCUAGUACCAGACAUCUUCUGCUUCUCAUUGACCCAUCUGCUCCCCCAUUGCCUGAAGGCCCAGGAAUAUGUCCUGAUGACUACCUAUUGUUCAAAGGCCAGUGGAUUCACAAGCAGACAGUGUGCCGUCUUGUCAUCAAUAAGAAUGUCAUUUCCAAGUCUCACAAUCGACUGGAGCGGGUUCGUGCGGGCUACACCAAGGUCAACAAAUGA